UUUAAGGUUCAAGCUUUUUCCUAGGGAGAAAGGAGGAAGCUUCAUUCUUUGGUUGGCUUUAGGAAAGUCUGUGCUAAGUGCAUCGCAGGUUUUUGCAUAAGAUGUACUUCUGGUCAUCAUCUUACCGAAAUGCAGUUAUUAAUCUGGUUUUGGAACCCAAAUGGAUAGCAAGAAGUUCAUCCAGUUGGUCGAGGAGAAGAAGAAGAGAAUGCUGGAGAAGAAAGAAGCCCCCUUGAAAUGGGAACAGAAGCUAGAAGCUGCUGCGAAGGCAAGAGCUGAUGCUGAAGCAAAAGAAAAGAAGCUGAAAGUUGCGAAGCAUAAGAGAAAAUCGGCAUCGUCAUCUGAUGACAGUAGUGAUAGUGAUAGCAGUGAUGCAGGGAGAAAGACGGCAAAAAGAGCACACAAGAAGCACAGGAAGCAUGGGCACUGUGAUAUUUCGGGCGAUAAUGAGAGAAGGAAAGAGAAGAAAUCCAAGCGAAGGCCAAACAAGCGCCUUUCAAGAUUGGACGAUGAUAUCAUCAGUAGUGAUGACUACGAGAGUGGGUCCGAGGAAGAUCGCAGGAAGAAGCGAUCUCACAAGAGGAGGCAUAGGCACCCUAGUUCAAGGUCUGAUUCAGAGUCGAGUGAUGAAAGUGAGGGAGAGCAUGCUGGGAAAAAUCAUGUUAGACACCACAAACGCCAUCGCCGAUCCAGCGAGGAAGAUUCUUUGUCUUCUGAUUCUGAUGAUAAUAAACGUCAGCAUGCAAGACACCGCAAGCGCCAUCGCCGAUCUAGUGCAGAUGAUUCUAGCUCUUCAGAAUCUGAUCACAAGCGAGAAAGGAGAGAAAGGAGCCGAUCCUUGGGGAAGUCAUCAGAUGAUGACCUAGAUGAAUCAGGUAAACCGAGGAAGCAUAAGAAAAGUAAUCACCGACAUGGUCACCAUCACCGUCAUCACCAUCACCACAAUCACAACCAUAGGCCCCAUCGAAUCAAUGAAAGUGAUCAUCAUCCACAGCAUUUGGAAGAACAGAAUGGGAAGCACUUGGAGAAUGGAGACCACGCUCAGCAUGCUGACAAGGUGAAUGGGAACGCCAGCAAUGACAAUUGCAGUACCUGACAGUUGAAAAAGUUAGGAGACACCUUCUAUUGACAAACAAAUGGUCAAUAAUUAUGCGUUGGUACUGUUAUUUCUGUUUUUUUUCCUUGGUGGGAUAAUCCCAUAUCUGGGUAAUUGAUGUGGAUAACAAUUGCAGUUAGACAUAGACCUCAAUUAAAUUCGGGUUUUCUUCU